CAGAGAGAACUCGGCACGCCUGACCGGAAGCUGGUUGCUCAUGGUUUGAGUUUUACAGCUUAACCAACAGAUGAACAACAGUUAAAUAAAUCUUGAGCGGUUUAUUUUAACUCGCCCCUUCAGGAAAAUUAAAAAAAAUAAAAAGUCAAACAAGGRGCUAAUACUUCCUUCUGUGACCACAUGGUGGCGUCGCGCGUCUGACCAGAACCAUGCGGCUCCUGUGGAACCUCUGAUCUCUGAGGUUUGCUGGAAGGAGUUGCGCUCAUUUGAAGGAGACGCUGUCGGGACGAAGUCAGGAGAGACUUUYCCCCGUUCCUUCACCCCGAGGGUGUAACACAAAGCCGGAGGAAUGGAUCCACAUCGGGCAGCGGUGAGCCUGCGUCUCUGGACAUGUCCAUCCUGCGCUCUUUGGACCGUCCUGCUCCUCGUGAGCGCGUCUGGGUCCGAGCUUCCCCAGGACCCCAGCGUGCUGGCUGUCACAUCCUGGAACGCCACAAAUGACGGCCCCAUCUUCAUUCGCCUUGAAGCUCCCAUGAACAACAUCACGACCUCACUGGGUCAGACAGCUGAGCUCCUCUGCCGUGUCGCUGGCAACCCGCCGCCGACCGUGCGCUGGCUGAAAAACGACGCCCCCGUGGUGCAGGAGCCGAGGCGCGUCUCCUACCGGUCCAUGCCGUACGGCUCGCGUCUCCGCAUCCGGAACCUGGACACGACCGACACGGGCUACUUCCAGUGCGUGGCUACCAACGUCCAGGGCACCGUCUCCACAACGGGGGUGCUGUUUGUCAAGUUCGAAUCACUCCCUACACCUCUGCCAGGAAGGCCGUCGGACGACAACGAUGAAGACGGGUUCUGCCAGCCGUACAGAGGCAUCGCCUGCGCCCGCUUCAUCGGGAACCGCAGCAUCUUCGUCGCCUCGCUGCAGAUGCAGGGAGAGAUCGAAACCCAGAUCACAGCUGCCUUCACCAUGAUCGGGACGUCCAAUCAUUUGUCCGAUCGCUGCUCGCAGUUCGCCAUCCCGUCCCUCUGCCACUUCGCCUUCCCGACCUGCGACCGCAGCUCCGGGAUCGACAAGGCCCGGGACCUUUGUCGGGACGAAUGCGAGAUCCUGGAGAACGAUCUGUGCAAGACGGAGUACAUCAUGGCUCGCUCCAACCCGCUUAUCCUGAAGAGAAUGAAACUGCCGAACUGCGAGGACCUGGCCGCCKCCGACAGCCCGGCGGCCGCCAACUGUUUGAGGAUCGGAAUCCCCAUGGCCGACCCCAUUAACAAGAAUCACAAAUGUUACAACAACAGCGGCGCAGAUUACAGAGGAACGGUCAGCGUGACCAAGUCGGGUCACCAGUGUCAGCCGUGGAACUCGCAGUAUCCCCACAGCCACACCUACCUGGCUGUUCGCUACACGGAGCUGAACGGGGGCCACUCGUACUGCCGCAACCCGGGGAACACGCAGGAGGCCCCCUGGUGCUUCACGCUGGACGAAGGGGUCCGCAUGGAGCUCUGCGACAUUCCUCUCUGUGACUACAAGGACAAGUCGAGUGGUAACAUGGAGAUCCUGUACAUCCUGGUCCCGAGUGUGGCGAUCCCCUUAGCCAUCGCUUUGCUCUUCUUCUUCAUCUGCGUGUGCCGCAACAACCAGAAGUCCUCCAGGCCUCCUGCGCCACGUCAGCCGAAACCAGUUMGAGGACAAAACGUGGAGAUGUCCAUGCUCACAACUGCUUACAAACCGAAGAAUAAAGCCAAGGAGCUUCCCUUGUCAGCRGUGCGAUUCAUGGAGGAGCUGGGGGAGUGCACGCUGGGGAAGAUCUACAAGGGUCACCUGUACCUGCCGGGCAUGGACCAGGCUCAGCUGGUGGCCAUUAAGACUCUGAAGGACAUUUCCAGCGUCCAGCAGUGGGGCGACUUCCAGCAGGAGGCUUCAGUGCUGACAGAGCUGCAGCACCCUAACGUGGUGUGCAUGCUCGGUGUGGUCACCCAGGAGCAGCCGGUCUGCAUGCUGUUCGAGUUUCUGCCACAAGGGGACCUCCACGAGUUCCUCAUCAUGCGCUCGCCUCACUCAGAUGUGGGCUGCAGCAGUGACGAGGAUGGAACGGUGAAAUCCAGCCUGGAUCAUGGGGAUUUUCUGCAGAUAGCUAUCCAGGUGGCUGCAGGGAUGGAGUAUUUGGCGAGUCACUUCUACAUCCACAAAGACCUCGCGGCUCGAAAUGUUUUAGUAGGCGAACAGCUGCACGUAAAGAUUUCUGACCUGGGUCUCUCCAGAGAGAUCUACUCCUCCGACUACUACUGCCUCCAACCGAAAACUCUGCUGCCCAUCCGCUGGAUGCCCCCCGAGGCCAUCGCCUACGGCAAGUUCACCACGGACUCGGACAUCUGGUCGUUUGGGGUGGUGCUGUGGGAGGUGUUCAGCUACGGGCUGCAGCCUUACUACGGCUUCUCCAACCAGGAAGUGAUGGAGAUGGUGAGGAAGAGGCAACUGCUGCCUUGCCCYGAGGACUGCCCACCGAGGUUUUAUGGUUUGAUGACAGAAUGUUGGCAGGAGGGACCGGCACGCAGACCUCGUUUCAAAGACAUCCACACCCGUCUGCGGGCCUGGGAGGGGCUGUCCUCCCACGCCAGCUCCAGCACCCCCUCUGGUGGAGGAGGCAACGCCACCACUCAGACCACCUCGCUCAGCGCCAGCCCCGUCAGCAACCUCAGCAACCCUCGCUACGCCACUGGCCCCGCUGGGUACCUCUACCCGGCCCAGGCUAUCCCGGCGCCGGGGCAGAUGGCUCCCAUCCCRGCCUGGACGCCGAUGGCCGUGACCCAGACCCAUCAGCGCUUCAUCCCCGUCAACGGAUACCCCAUCCCCCCGGGGUACGCGGCCUUCCCGGCUCACUUUGCACCUCCAGCCCCGCCCACCAGAGUCAUCCAGCACCACCUGCCGCCUCCCAAAAGCCGCUCGCCCAGCAGCGCCAGCGGCUCCACCAGCACGGGCCACGUCAGCGGCGUGCCCUCCACCACGGGCUCCAACCACGAGGCCAACACGCCGCUGCUUUCCCACUGCGUCAUGCCGGGCAGCGGCGGGGGGCAGGCUCAGAUUUACGGACAARUUUCCCAAAAAGGGGUGACGCAGCUCGACCACGUGUCGCAAACGUCGGCGCUGCUCACGCCCGACUCUGACAUGCUGAUGUACAAUGACUCCAUCAUCACGGCUAACCUGUAGAGAGCGCCCUCUCCUUCCUGUUCUUGGACUCUUACACGAGACGUUUAGCCUCUCAGCCAGAGAACUAGAAUCACAGUCCACUUUGGUCAUGGCCAGAGCCAACAGAUGCUGGCUCGUUCGCACUUCCUCGCUGUGCAGAAAGACUUUUGCAGGAGCGAGUAUGACAAACAGCCCUUCUG